UUGGCCACUGGAUAACAGAGCUCUUACUGUAUCUGAACAAAGGAGGACAUUGUUGAGGUCUCUGGGGUUACCAGCAGAUACGGCAGCAAGAGACUACUACAAGGGCUACCCSAUGGUGGACUACUCCCGCCAUCACUCCUCGCCCCCCACCUUCCAGCCCAUCGCCUUUCACAAGGACAAGCCCUUCCUGCCCCCUCCAGACAUCCACGCCCCACUGGCCAUAACCAUCAACGCUGCCCAGCUCCCCAAGCCCAAGAUCUCCAAGACUAACACCCACCCGCUUACCUCCAGCUCGGCCUUCAAAGUCUGGGACCCCAGUAAGGGCCAUGUCCAGCAUCCAACGGCCUCCCACAUCGGGCAGGCACAGCAGCAGCAUCCGCAGCAUCCGCAGCAUCCGCAGCAUCCGCAGCAUCCGCAGCAUCCGCAGCAUCAGCAGCAUCCGCAGCAUCAGCAGCAUCCGCAACAUCAGCAACAUCAACAACAUCAACAACAUCAACAACAUCAACAGCAGUUACAUCAACAGCCCAACAGCCGCCGGCAGGCCUACUCCAACAAGCGGAAGUUCAGCAUUGAGACGCUCCCAGAACUCUUCUCCCAGCCCCUGGGCUAUGGACAGUCGCCCCACAUGCACCCCAAAAACAAGGGGCUGCCCACCAACAGCAAGACAGAGGUCACAGUCUGA